CCGAAGCACGCGGUGCAGAAAGGCAGACAAGCAGCAUAUUGAAUGUCGACUAAAAAGCAAGCGGAUAUACCCAUUAUAUGUCAACAUGGAAGUUACAGCAGACGGUUGGAGAAAAAUGUGGAAGGAAAGUGACAUGCCAUGCCACUACAGGAACCACGUUCACAAAUUGCUUCAGUCUAAUUUUUGUGGACAAGUGGAAGGCAGACGCGACCUAUACAUUUUCGUACCUUUGUGUGGGAAAACGCUGGACAUGAGAUGGUUGGCUGAGCAGGGGAAUCACGUGGUAGGGGUUGAUAUGGUGGAGACACCCGUAAGGACAUUCUUUGAAACAGAAAAGCUGGACUUUGUGGUGGAGAACAGUGAUACCGGCCCUUUGUAUAAGACAGCCGACGGAAGGAUUAAAGUACACGUUUGCGAUUUGUUUCGUUUGUCCAAAGAAACACUUGGGGUGUUUGAUGUUAUUUGGGACCGAGCGGCUUUUGUGGCAUUGAAUAGGACGGACCGGCAAAGAUAUGUCUCUCUGCUUAAGUCAUUAAUGGCUGAAGGGUGUCGCUAUCUGCUGAGUGCUGUGGACAUGAAAAAAGCAGGUGGAGAACCCCAUAAAGGUCCUCCACAGGUGACCCGAGCUGAAGAUAUCCAGGCGCUGUUUGGUAACGAAUAUACUGUGUCCUUCGUGGAAGGCUUGGAUUGCACGCCGGACGCUGAUCCCGUCUGGGACGUUGAAUGGUUUUACGAAAACUUGUACCUGAUCCAAAUGCGGAAGUCAGCUUGAUUCAGUCAGGCCAAGAAUGUGUUGGAGUUGAAGAAACUGCCUUACAGUUAUCACCAUUCAUGUAGAGUAUAGCAUGGCCAUGGAGUGUCGACCAUGUCGAGUUCCAUGGCCUUGAAAGUUCUUGAGUUUAUUUUUGGAAAUUACCUUGAAACACUUAUUUUUUUUUUAUGAGAACCUAAUCAGUUAAUGAAACAUUGUAUAUGGAUUUUCAGCUUAAACAUGUGUUUAAGCGUUAUGGCGUAUCGUUGUCCAAACUAAAGAUGAUAUUACUCUCUUGCGACGAACGUUUUGAUAUGGUACAAAAGCAUUUACAAAACGUCAUGGCAAAGGCAGGAAUGACCAGUAGACAACACAGCUUAUGCCUGAAUUACUUCAAGAGGUAACGGUUUCCAUUAAAACAAACCCUUUCACUUACAGUGGACACAGACAUGUAAAAUACACGUAAUAGGUUAAUGACACGAAAUAAUUUAUUAAUCAAAGACUUUCAAGUAAAAUGUUUUUUUUUUAUAACAAUAUAACUUCUUAUUAUUUUUUUACAUAUUUAGUCUUUAUCCAGGACAUUGUGAUCAGCUUUUCCAAAGGAAUGUAUAAUUUACAAAAUGUUUACAACAAUUUAACCAAGAAAAAUUGAAUGUAAAACAGAAAACGCAGUAUUGAUUUGGUAAUGGAGGAACUAUGCAGGGUGUUGGUCUAAUGCUUUAUCCAAAUAACAAUCAAAAUAAAUGUUUACUAUAUUUGUUGCAUGCUUGUUAUGUUUUGGUCUGACAUUCGGAACUUACCA